AUGCAACAGAGGAGUGCACUUCACAACUUAAAGACUCAAUAGUCGAAUGUAUCUAAAAACUAAGCUAAGCCUACAGUUUCAGCGAUGAAUAAAUAGCCCAAAAUGAUUGGGCCUUAUUAAGUGGGAGAAGUCAUUGGCAGAGGAGCCUGUGGGAAGGUGUUUAAAGGUCUUAAUUUUCAAAAUGGGUAGCUAGUUGCCAUUAAGCAGAUCAAGAUCAAUAAUGUCAAAGUCGAACAUAAGAAGUCUCUUCAAAGUGAAAUAAAUCUUUUGAAAAAGCUCGAACACCCCAAUAUAGUAAAGUAUAUAGAUUCAAUUUACACUGAGCAUUAUUUGAAUAUUAUUCUGGAAUAUGUAGAGAAUGGCUCAUUAGACAGUCUAAUUAAGAAAUUUGGGAAAUUCCCUGAAACCCUUGUUGCAAUUUAUGUCUAGCAAGUCCUCCAAGGAUUAGAUUAUUUACACACUCAAGUAGUGAUUCAUAGAGAUAUAAAGGGCGCCAAUAUUCUCACAACAAAAGAUGGUAUAGUCAAGUUGGCAGACUUUGGAGUGGCCACUAAGCUUAAUGAUACUGAAAAAAGCAAUUCUGCUUUUGGAACACCAUAUUGGAUGGCUCCUGAAGUAAUAGAGAUGAGUGGACAGGUAACAUAAGCUUGUGAUAUUUGGAGUCUUGGGUGCACGGUUAUCGAACUACUGACCGGAAAUCCCCCUUACUCAAAUCUCCAGCCCGUGUCUGCUAUGGUUAAAAUAGUUUAAGAGGGAAUGCCAGCUCUUCCAGAAUCAAUUACAGAUGAGUUGAAGGACUUUUUAAAUAAAUGCUUUGAGAAAGAUCCAUAUAGACGCAUUGAUGCAAAAGGUUUACUAGAACAUGCCUGGAUGAAAAAAUAUGAUAAAAACCUGUUCUAAAAAAUCAUCAAUAAUGGCAAUAAGCUUCCAGAGGUAGUGUCAAAUACUAUCAAAUUGCACAUUAAUUAAGUAGAUAAGCCCUAUAAUUCGAUGUAUUAGAAAGUAAACCAGAGUGAUUAUUAGAUAGUAAGAGCUUAAUAGCAUGUUAAUAAAAAGGCGGAGAUGGUUGAACCGAAGAAAAAAAUCGAGGACAGUAAGUAAGUGGAAUAAUUACAAAUGAAAAAACCUUUAAAAAAAGAAGAUGAGGAUGAAGAUGGCGAGAUAGGGGAUUUCGGGGAAGAGAUAAAUGAUAUGAAUGAUGUUCCAAUUGAGAGACCUAAAUGCCUCUCUAACAUAAACUUUAACAGUAAUUCUUCAGAUGUAGGAGAUAAUACACAAAGUAAUUAGCCACCAGUAAGUAAACUUCGAAAGAUGCAAACAAGUUUGCAAAGAGAAACUGAAUAAGCUUUAGCUAAUGAUACUAAGCUAAAUCAUACCUAUUAAUAUGAGCAAAUUCAAAAUACCUCGAAUGGAGAAGAAUUCAAAGAGGGUUAUUCUUUCAUUGGCAUGAAAUACCAUAGCAAACAGAGAUCAAUACAAAAUUCUAAAUCUGGAAUGAUCUAGCCACAUCAAUAGAUUCAAGAAUAACCAUUAUAAUUAGCAAUGAAUUAAACCUAAAGUAAUUUAAAGCAGUUUUAGCAAGUAUAGUUAAGAUAAGGCUAACCAUAGAACACCAUAAAUACAACCACUAUUCAAAACUAAAGUCUUAGUUUAGCCAAUUAAUCUUAGUUGCAGCAAUUUGUAAACUAGUAAUCUGCUAGCCAAAGAUAGAAUUAUAAAUCAUAGGACAAAAGUGCAGGUCCUGGCUCGGGAGAUGGAGCUCCUCAAGUAAAAUAAAGUUUCUCCUCUACCCCAUAAAAUAGAUAAUUAAAUCAGCAGUAAUAAAUAGUAGGCUAAUAGAAUAAUUAAGAGAUAAAGUAGAUAUUCGAUGUUUAAGGAAAUAGAAAAGUUUAUUAUUUGACCAAGAAAAAUAGAUAGGCCAUUAGCAAUCAUUAAGAACCUGUUCAUAGCUAUGGAAAUUCAGGUUCAACUAACAAUCCUAAUGAUGAUUCCUAACUUUCAAUGGGACUAAGUACUACUUAAAGGUAAAAGAAAAUUGAUUAGACAAGAACUAAAAAAAGUUAGAUGUAGAAAGAGGAUUUUGAUUUACUUAUGCAGCAAUAACAGUACUAAUAGUAAUAGAGAGAAAUGAUGGCAAGGUAUCACUUAUAUAGCAACUAAAAUUCACAAAUGCAGAUGAGUAAUAUCCAGGCUUAAGUAUAUCAAAAGCCUAAAUCAAAUGACAUUGUCAGAUCUUAAAACAGUCCAAGUGCAUAAAAUGCUUAGAUCUAGAGAAUUCCAAAUCAACUCAAUUCUUAAUAUUAUCAACAUCAUCCCAACUCUGGCCAGAUAAACUAUCAUAGCAACAAGAAUAAUUAAAGUGGCUACAAUUUUCAAUUCUAAAAUGAUAUGAGUUCUCAAGAUUUUGAGCUAUAAAAUCCUUAGUUUUUAGGAAGACAUUAAAGUGCUAACCAACAAUAACCCCAACAAUAAAUUGUCAGAAAUAUCUAGCAUUAACAUAACUUUACAUAAAUGCCUACUCAUCAAAUGUAUCAGUUCUCUGAUUCUGAGUAAAUGAUGCUACCUGAGACUCGGUUACCUUAGAACAUGGUAGGAGCUCAACCAUUGAGAAAGAUAACCAAAUAAUAUGAUCAAAGAGGUAUGCUAGUAUAAAAGAACUAUCAUUCUGGAUCAAACUCAAGCAUUUAGCCUUCAUUUUAAAAUUUGAAUGAAAACUUAAAUGAGGCAGGAUAAAUAGAUAUAGAAGAUCACUAUGAAUAAUUAGAAGCUAGUGAUUUAGAGAAUAUGCAAUACAUGAUGAAGUAAGAAAGUGAUUACUCGGCUCCCUAAGUUCUAAGAUAAUACAUGAUGGGAGGAGGUGUUUCAGCUGACUUUAAUUUGGCCAAACUUUAAAACAUAAGGUAGCAGAGUGCAUUUCACUAAAGAUAUGGAAGUUCCUUUUCCCAGCUCAAUAUGUACCCCAAUUUGGAAGGAUAGCACUCAUAGCCUGUUUAUGUGCCUUAGAUUCAAUCAAUUGAAGAUCACAUAAAGAGGACUCAACUGUCUGAAUAAAAAUUAGGAAGAGGCCAUAUGACCUAAUUCUAUGGAAAUAACCCAGCUCUCCAGCAUCAUAUCCAACAUAAAUCAGUGAUAAGUAAUUUCUAAAAUUCAAAUAGUUCACCAAAGACAAUCCACAAUCAACUUGCUUAGUAGUAGGCUCUCAGAAAUUAAUAAAUUAGAUAGGAUGGAAUGAAUGGAAGCUUCGAAAACUUUCUUGACACUGUGUCAAACAAUGAUGAGUAAUAUCUCUAUGGAACUUUAGGAAUCGGCUAAGGAAUGCCAUCAAAUGUAAGAGCUUCAAUUAUAAAUAUGCAAAAUCUUAAAAAUGUACGAGAAAGCUACAGUAAGAAAUUCGCUGAAGAAGUCAAGACAAAUGAGGAGCAGAGACUUGGAAUGAUGAUGAUGAUGGCUAUAGGAAAUAAUGAGUAGGAAUCUCAAACCAGGAAAUAAAAUAAUAGGGGAAGCAAUAGAAGCUAAAACAUAGAUUAGAUGAUAAGAUAAACUAAUUAGUCAAUCUAGAUGUAGAGUAUUGGCUCUGGGAGGAGCAAUGGAUCUGUGUAAAUAAAUAAUCCAGCUGAAACUGAGGUAAUUGAUGCUAUGUAUGAAGAGUGCGAGAAACUAAUAUCAUUAAUUAAAUUUACUUAAAAUCAGCUUGAAAAAUUGAAUAACGACCCAUCCUCUUAUACUAAUUAAGAGAUUGGCUUCACUUCUGCCUAGACUUAAAUAACUGAAGAGAAUUAAGAGAUAGAUAUUGAAUCAGCCAAAUUUCAAAAGGAAUAAGAUUUGAUCUAGUAUAUUUCAAACUUAUCUGAUAAGCUCAAAUUAUUUGGAAGCUAGAAACAGAAAGCUCAGCUUGCAGAGAUGAUAGGAUAUCACAACAUGAUUAACUUGUUGAAUCUCUCUGAUGAAGUAGUGUAUCCCACACUCCUGCUGAUUAAUUUCUUCUGUGAAUCAUCAAUGAAAGUGCAGGAUAACUUAUGCAUCUGUGGAUUCCUCCAAUACAUGAUUAGAUUUAGCAAUCCACUAAAUAAAAGAGAAAUUAUCCUGGAUAUUGGUUACUUCAUUGGAUAGAUAUUCUAAAGCCAAAGCACUGCCUUUGUUGUAUAUUUCUUAUUGAUUGACUAAUUUCUAGUUAUUUAGAGCAAGGAUAUGAUCAUGUUAGCUAUUGAUGCUUAUUAUGUUCUGUCUAAUGAAAAAAUAGAGUAUUUUAGACUGCCCAUCGAGGAUAUCACAAUAUUCUUAUCCAAGUAUCAAAUCAUUGAGAAGAUAACUGCUAUUAUCCCUAAACUAUACCAAGAUAUAGAAACCUCUGAGGUUCUUGUACAGCAAGAACAAAUGCAAAACUAUCUUGAAAAAGCAUUUGACAUACUUCAAAAGAUGAUGAGUGGGCCACAUGAUGUUGUGCAGAAAAUAACUGUUGAUAAAAUCCUAAGAAACACCAUUUGCAAAAUUCUUUAGGAGACAUUAAAUGAUCCUAGUCAUUAAACACUGGAUUUAGAAAAGAAUGAUGUAGUGAAAAUGCUUGUAGAAAUGCUGUAAUUCUUCUUAAAUGAUAUUGACAACAUUUAGCUUUAGCAUCAAGAGGCACAAGAAACAACCUAUGGUAGAAUUAAAUUCAUGAUACUCUUUUCUUCUAAUCUUAUGCUUAUUGAAAAGAUGUCAAAUCAGUUGAUAAGUUUGGACAAGUAAAUUGCCCAAGCAGAUGAAAAUGCUAAGAGAGGAAAGAUACAUCAUCAUAAUAAAAAUAGUUCAAGUGCUCGCAGCAUCAAUAAUAUGGGGAGUUUAGGGUCUUAGAGUUAAUUUGGAGACGCUGAUAUCAUUUUACAAAACAAAAUUUAUUACAAUCAGAGGAUUCAACAAAACGUCCUGAUUAUGAAAGAACUCAUGGAAAUAUUCAAAGUAAUAAAUCCUAAAAUUGAUCCCUAAGUCGAUUUUAACUAGUUAAUUAAGAUAUUCCAGAAACUUUUGAAUACAGCUGAAAAGCAUAACUUUGUGAUUAUCUAAGAAAUAGCUUAAAAUUUGAUAAUCUAGAGUAAAGACAUAAUGGAAAAGAGAACACAGUAACAAUAAACUUUGCAGACUUAGUAAUAAUAGCAAUAAUAACAAAAUAACUUGAACAUUAACUAAUAAUAAAACAUCUCAGAAUAAAACAAUGUCAAGCAAAGAUAUGAUAUGUAAAUGAAGCCAGGGGCUAUGCAGCUUGCCCAAAAUAUGAGGCAGAUUAACAAUGGUGUUAAUUCAACCAGAGCUAAGAGUCCUCUUUUCCAAUGA